AAAUAAUAUUUGUAAAAAAUAUGGUAUUAUAAUGGUUAGAUUGCUUAUUUUUGGGAAAUUUGUGAAGUCACACACCUAUUUAUCUUAAUAAAAAUCUUACGUAGAGCUAUUAUAAAAAUUUCGACCUUUCUUGUUACCUAUAUAUGGCAGCUCGGGUACUAACAUCGUUAUACAAACCGACUUCAGAAUCUGUUUUUACCCCUAGGUUUCAAAUUAUGUACGAAUGUAACGGUAAUUAAAGUCAUAAAGACCAAAACACUUCACAUUCGACGUCUCAAGCCUCUUAUAAUUGAUAUUGACUUCUUUUUAACGGUCAAAUUUUCAUCACGAUCUGCAUGAUAAAAUCUGCCAACAGGAUUCCUAGUUGCGCCACAUACUUAGUGAAUUAUAAUAAUAAUGUGAUGAUUUUCUGUGAGGUUCGUCAUUGCGAAUUUAUAGGAACGAUUCUACUGUCGGAGUUAACGUUUCAAAAUUUAUAUGAACUUCAUAUGGGCGGAUUUGACUCACUUGAUCAAGUGGGCCAUAUUUAUGCCGAUCACUUUUGCCAAGAAACCUGCAUUGAUUGCAUUCCAUGCAUAAAUACCCUAAUAAAGGCUAACAAGAAAAAUGUAAAAGAUGAAUUACAUAAUUUUUGUGUCUAGAUUUUGUUAAAAAAAGUAUUCUCAAUAGUACUUCUUUCUCAUCGUUAUUGUUUAAUAUUUCUUCUGAAAUAUUACUAGUUGAAAUAAAAAAUAAUAUAACAUUAUUCGUUUCAAUAUUAAUCUGAUUGAUUAAUGCAACUCGGUGGCUUUUGAACAGGAUGCAUGUUUCAAUAAACAUCUUUUCUUGAUCUCCGAAAUUCCGAUAAGUCCGAUAAGUGUAAAUUAACCAAAAAAGUUUAAUUUAUCAAACUUAUUUUACAAAACACGUGAUAAUGUAUUCACUUAUAAAUACGCACG